UGACGUCCAGAAUGCGCCGGCGUUUAUACCAGUUGGACACUAUGCCGUCCACCGGUGGCCAGGGCUAUCUCGAUCAUGGUGAAAGUGCGGCCAUCGAGAACAAAUGGGUGUUCGAAGUGGCCUGGGAGGUGGUCAACAAGGUCGGAGGCAUAUAUACGGUAAUCCGGACCAAAGCCCAGGUGACCAGCGAGGAGUUGGGCGAUCAGUACGUACUCGUCGGCCCCUAUAAUGAACAGUACGCCCGGACGGAGGUGGAGAUCGAGGAGCCCACCCAUCAUGCCUUCAAGGGUGCCAUCGAUACGCUCAAGAGCUUUGGCAUACGAGUCAGU